AGCUAGCUGGUUGGAACUUGGGAUCCUUGAUUCAAAACAAGAAACCUGUCUAUCAAGUGCCGUUGUUUCGAACGUAUGAGCAACUAUGAAUGAGAAGUUUGCAUCUAUUUACUCGGGACUUGGCCAAUAUCACCAUAUGUCUAUGUCACUGACCGAGGCAGAGGUUCCUAGUUGCAAUCGUUUCCAAUUUGGCAGAAUAUCUUCCUACUGCUCUGACAUGUGGGAGUAUUACAAACCGCAAUCAUUGGAAGCUCUGAAUCCAACUUUCCCAAAAAUAGGAACUUGCCCAUCUUCAACUGUGUCAAUGGCAGACAAUUUGUCAGGGAUUCUGGAAUUGCACUCAUCGUUUGAUUUAACAAAUACAACUUCUAAAUCGGUUCCGAACACUCCUUUUGGCGAAUAUCCAACGAUGAUUUGGGAGGCUCCAAAGUUGUGCACAUCAGAUAAUAAUAAUAACAACUCUUGCAAAAAUGAUCAACGUAAUGAAGAAAAGGUUGAUGAUAAAACGAGGUCUUUAAUUAAAAAACUAUCGAAAAUUGCCAACUAUGUGUUCGGACCUUUCUUCAAGUCUGCAAUCACCAAAAAUUCAAAUUUUGCUAUCAAACCACUGGAGAUUAAUGAACAACCAGAUAUAAUCAAUUGCAAUUUUCCUGUUUCAAAAUCUGCCGUGAGCAAAACGAAUUUGAAAAAUCGGACUUGGAAAUGAAUCCAGCGGACUUGGAAAUUUCUUUGAUGAGAACUAACAACACAGAAUCCAAUCUCAAGAAUACUGAGAAGAUCGCAACUUCCAUAAACGAAAUGAUGGAUAUGAUCUCAGAUGACAACUAUAUCCCAAUGCUCCAGAAUAAUGUGGCGAAACACCAGAAGAGAAAAGUGGAGAUAUGUUCGUUAGAUGAUAACGUAGUGUAUACUUCUAGAAAACUAACAAAAGAGCUUUUGAAAUGCUCAAAAACUGAAAAACCUGACUAUGAGCCAUCAUCUGCAAAAACUCCCCAGGGAAACUUCUUCAAAGGCGAUUCCUCGGCAAAAAUUGAUUUGUUCAAAGGAUCACAUAAGUUCAUCAAAGACGAACGUGCGGAAACUUGUCCUGAUAAAACUGAGAUAACGCCGGAAGAAGUGAUUGGCUCUACUCAAAACUUGCACGAGAACAAAGCAAUUAAAGAUGUCAAAGUGCCAAUCAACGCAAACAACUUGAAACAAAAAAAUGUUAAGGAAAUUCCAACGACAGUAGAUGUUGGUCAGCUACCAAUAUUAGAUUACAACUAUUCAAAUUCUUCAAGAACAAUGAAUGAAAACUUGUUCAGCCCAAAGAAAGUGUUUGGCAAAAACGAGUAUCAAUAUGGCCCGUCGAUGGGUAAACUAAUUGAAAGGAUGGGAACCGGAACUCCAAAGAAAGUGGUCUCCGAGUAUUCUUCAUCUCCAAUAGCUGCAAUCUUUUCGCCAAAAAAGGAUAGUCAUGAAUUUGCUGAUUCAAAUAAACUGCAGAAAACUACAAAACCUUCCAUUUGUAUGAAAUUUGGAAACUGCGGUCGCCUUCCUGAUUUGGAACCAAAUAAGAAAAACUGGUUGAGACAAAACAUGGCACAAUUCGCUGGUCACCAUGCGUCUGUUAUUGAUAGCACUAAAAGCUUUACCAAAUUGAAGGAGAUAUACAAUCUUCCGCGCACUACUGGCCACAGCAACUAAUAACUUUGAAACUAAACUUCCUCCAUAUUGAAUUGAUCUUCAUUUGUACAAUUAUAACACUUUUUAAUUGAAAUUAAUUAUUUAAACGCCACUUUGUGAAUAUCGUUUGAUUUUUAUUUGCCUUUUUUUAUAAUAUUUAGUAUAUAAUUUUUGGUAUAUUUUUCCUAGCAAUUAACAUUAACAUUUAAAGUAAACAUUUAAAAGACUGACUGUCGAGUGAAGAAUUGCACAAUGAAUUUUUUGGUAUUUUA